AUGCUGAAGGAGCUGAAGGAGCUGCUGGAAGCCGCCUUCGAGCUGCGCGAGAUAUCGCCGGGCUACGCCGACAAGCUGCGUAGGCGCUUCCUCGACGAGGAGCAGACCGGGCGCACCCCGAAGACACCGGUCUCGGUCGGCGCCUACGCCGAGCUCACCUUUGAUGACGAGGAGGUGCAGGAGCGGCACGAGGAGGAGUACCGGCAGAAGGUCGGCUCGCUGCAGUUCGCGGCGACGACGACGAGGCCGGACAUCACCUUCGCCUGUAGCAAGCUGGGGAGCAGCCUCACAGUGAGGAGCAACCAGCACUGGCACGAGGUCGACCGCUGCCUCGCCUACCUCGCCAACACACGUGACACUGCCCUGGAGUUCGGCGGUGGACCUGAGUCGCUGGAGCUGGUCGGCUACAUGGACGCCGACGACGCCGGUGACAAGCAGAACAGGACGAGCACGAGCGGCUACGUGUUCGUCUUCGGAGGGGCUGCAGUCUCCUGGUUGAGCCAGCGCAUCAAGUGCGCGACGCUGUCGUCGACCGAGUCGGAGUACGUGGUGGCCACUAAAGCUGGCAAGGAGGGACGCCGCCUUCGCUUCCUUCUCGCAGAAUUCCGGCAACUGGACGCUGAGAAGCACAUGGAGCGGCGAACAAGUCGGCCAUCACGGUCGCCGAGGGCAUGGGGUUGA